AAAGACAUGGAUUCGGAUUCUCGUGCUCUUAUUGAACAAAUGUUAGCAGAAGAAGAGUUUUAUUAUGGACAGAAUACUAUGAGUACAAUGAAACGGCAAAAGAAGCUGGAACUGACGAAAAAGAAAAAAUCAAUUGGCAAGAAGCGAAAAGUGGAUAACACUGAAAGAUCUGCGACCAUCUCUUCUUCUUCCUUACCUUCUCACAAGACUCGUUGGACUUCAGAAGAGGAUGAUCAAUUGAAAUUGGCUUUGACCAAAUUCGGAUACGGGAACUGGAAGCCCAUAGCUAAUUUUGUCAAGACUCGAAAUCCAUUACAAUGCAAGAAUAGAUCAAGGCAUUGGGUUGCAUAUGAAAAGCUUGUUGGACCUACUGUUUCACCAUCGUCUUUAUUAACUGGAACAGAAACUUCGACGAUAACAACAGAAUCUAGCAACGACUUGAACAUGGAAGAAACAAAGCCACGACCAAGCUCUCCUGAAAGAAUACCAAUAGAAUCACAAUCCAGUACUUCUGUAGAAACCACUAUCAAGAACAAUAAUGUAUCACCAAUGGAUGAGAAUCGACCAGUUGACGAUGAAGAUGAAGAAAUAUCAGUGGAAGAUGACGAUGAUUCAACAAGUUUACCAGUAUUAACUGAAAUCAAGGAAGAAAUACUAUCAUCAUCAUCUGGCGAAUCACAACAUGACACAAAAGAACAGGAAUUAUUAAAUAGUACGGAUGCUAAAGAUGGAUCUACUUUUAUGGAUACGGAUAAGAAUGAUAACAUCUCUACUACUACAAGCAUUGACAAUGCAAAAAAGAUACCUGAACAAAGCAACAACGAAAUUGAUUACAACAAGGUGGAAGAAAAAGAGCAUAAAACAAACGGAUCGGCACAUCCAUUCUCUCCAUCUACAACAGCCUACUUUGAUCCAUACAUUAUUUCUGAAGAAGAGAAAAUCAGUAAUCCAGAAUGGUUCAAAAACAAACACAACAAAACACCUGAUCGAUACUUGAAAAUUCGUAAUCAUCUUUUGGCUUGUUGGCAAUCAUGUCGACCUCGUUAUAUGACAAAGACAAGUUCACGUAAAGGUCUCAAGGAUUGUGGUGAUGUGAAUGCUAUUGGCCGUGUUCAUUCUUAUUUGGAAAAUAUUGGCGCCAUCAAUGUCAAUUGUAUAAACGCUGCACCUCGACAUCAUAGACGAACUUCCGUUACUGACAAGAAUAAUAAUAACAACAAUGAUGAUGAUGACAAUGAUCCUACAAUAAUGUAUUCAGCAGCCGAUCUACUUAUUGGUUAUGAUGGACCUAGAAAAAGAAAAGUUCGAAACGAAAGGGGUGAAUGGGUGGAUCCAAAAGAAUUAGAAGGCCGUGUGAUUGAACAUGGACAAUCGAAACCAAUGAAUAGUAAACCCAAACGAACGGUAAAGCGAUCACAACAUUAUUACGGUGGUGAUGACUUUGGAAGAGGAUAUGAUCCAUUUCGAUUGGUACCAGUGGCAUAUUAUGACGAUCAACAUGUAGCCCCUUUCACAGUUGAAAUCAGUAGUAGCUCAUUAUUGGUGAUGGACUUUCACUCUCAUUUGGCACAUACGGAAAUCAUUGGUCUUUUAGGUGGAACAUUCGUCACAGAUACUGACAACAGAAAACAACUCAAGGUGGAAAGCGUAUUUCCUUGUAAAAGUACAAGUACAGGAAUUCAAUGCGAAAUGGAUCCUGAAUCAGAAAUGAGGGCUAGAGAAGUAUUUGCAGAAAAUGGUUAUACAGUUGUUGGAUGGUAUCACUCUCACCCAACGUUCGAGCCACAUCCAAGUAUUCGAGAUAUUGAAAAUCAAACAUCAUACCAGACAUUGUUUCGGCAUGAAAAAACAGGGGACGAACCUUUUAUUGGAGUCAUUGUGACACCUUAUGAUUUGACGGUAGCAAGCGAACAUUCACAAAUUCAAUAUCUACAUAUUAGCAAUCAAUGGGAUGAUAAUCAUUCAUUUCGUGUUCCUUAUGCUUGUCGUCGACUGGUCAAACAGGAUGAUCAAGUCCCAACUAUUGUUAUGGACCAAAUGAAGGAAUUGGUAGAUGAAUUCAAGGAUUAUGAACAUAAAAUGAAUAUGUUGUCAUUAUAUGGGACACAAUCUCGAUUAGACAAACUACUAGGCUCAUUACGAUCAAACCUAUUUAUGGAACUCAAUCGAGCGGAAACAUUUCUACAAUUUGUCAAUUCCUUGAUGCUUGAACAUUUUGUAGACGAUGAAGACAAAAGAAUGCAACAAAUUGGACAAGAGGAAAAUAAGAGUACUACAGAACAAACAUCAAAACAAAUUGAACAAGAUGAAAAUGUUACAUUAUCACUUCCACAACAAUCAAAACAAGAAUUAACCGAUCAUCUUGAAAAUCAACAUAUGGAUGAACAGUCAUCAGCAACACCAUUAUUAUCAUCAUCAUCACCAUCAUCAUCAUCAGCAUAA